AUGUCGCAACCUGUUGGCCUCACAGACUCGAGAAUUGUUAUGGCAGAGCAGAGCAGCCACGAUGUGGUAAAUCAAACCCUGUCGGGCGGCGAGCCUUCGCCUUCCGACGUUCCUGCGAGCACCAACGACAAGAAACCUGCCGGAGGGGACGUGGGGGAGAUCAAACAUACCGCAACAACUACACAUCUCGAAGCAAUCACGAACGCCGAACAAGGCACACAUGAUACCAGUUUAUCUGAGACGUACAGCGAAAAGAAUGCUACUGGGAGGGAUACGGACCAAUCGACGACCGAUAAUUCAAGGCAAGGGCCUGGGCCAGUGGCGACAAGGGCGCUUGAAUUAAAUGGAGUAGCAUCUGGUUCCGAUAUUGGAGAGGAUACGGCUUCCCAAGGCGGCUCAGAAUCCGACGCCAGUCGAACAGAGAGCAGACUUAACUCACGUGCAAGUUCAACAAAGAGGCCGACAUCAUUCAAGCCAGUCUCCUUCGCAAAGUUUUCAGUACCUAAAGCUCCAGGAACGCCUCCGACAGCUAAGAUUGCUGAGAAAGCUCCGUUGUCUUCAACUACCCCGCUGGGUGUACCGUUGCAAAGCUCACGACCACGCUUGGUCGCGAAAACCACUAGCAGUCUACGCGAUUCAUUAUCGAAAACAGGGACGAGUGCGGCGAGGCUAGCUGGAAGUGGGCCUGACCCAAAUCAAGUCUGGAAUAAGAAUCGACCGAUCCAGCAGACUCCACCGAAACACUUGACAGACGAAGAGCUUAAGCAGCAGUAUGGGAUCCACAUGACGUCGCGUAUUCAAGAGGAUGGCGGUGGAACAGAAGCAAAGUGGGCCGAUAUUGAUGAUGAUGAAGAUGACUGGGCACCGGAAACAAUUGAAUGGACUGAUGGAACGAAGACAAAUCUGUCCCAAGUGGAACACACUGCAGCAACAAAGCAAGAGAACAAGCCGUCGAUGGAACCCAAGAACGAUUAUCCGCCUCCACGCCCCGAGCAAGUUCCCGCUAUUAAGGAGACUACCAAAUUUGUCUCAAAGCCUACGACUUCGGUUGGACCGAACCCCACUGUUCUUAGGCUGGGAGCAAAUGCGGAAAGACAGGCAAAGAGCGCAAGUAUUUCUUCUAAAGGUACUAACGAGAAGUCGCCGUCACUAUCUACAAGUCCGGCGCCACCCCCAGCCAAGUCACCAUGGGCUCCUCUGCCCCCAGUUGAGAAAAUGUCUCCUGUUAUACCUCCUGUGCAAGUUCAACCUCAGGUACAUACUUCGUCGAGAGAACCACCUCCGGUCGACCGUUAUAGCGGUGUUACUCAUCCGAAGGAGAUAGCCGCGGACGAUUUCAAUCGGUCAUGGAAAGACUCGCAAUCUGGUACCCGUGAGCUAUACAACUCCCGGUCGGGUCGUUAUGAGCCAGUAUCUGAAACCAGGAAAGGAUCCUGGCGCACUGAACAGAGCUUUCGCACCCCAUCCGUGUUGCAGCGGCCAGCGCCGGGCGAACAGGCAGGGCCUGCGGAGCCUUCGCCCGCGUUUCAGACACAUAGGUCAAGUGGACAGGAUGGCAUUCAUUGGACACGUCGGCGAACUUCAUCUAAUGUCAGCGGCGGAAGUGGCAGCUUUGCACGUCGGAUGUCGAUUGGCCGGACCGACGCAACCCAACGGUCAUUUGAAACUAGAAGAGGGUCGCAGGCGAACGGUAUGGUGGAGCCGCCGUUGCCAGGCUUGGUACCUCAACAAGAGACACCUUUGCGAGAGCCCUCUCCUUCUCGACGUGGCCCCGGUCAUUCCUGGACUCCACGAGGUGCAGCCGGCGUACAUGAAAGGGCUCCUGGUGCACCUGAUGGCACGAGUCAGCCAUAUGUUGCUCAUGCUGUUAACCAAGCUGCGACCCCGCAAGCGCCCCAGGAAGAUCCAGUUGUCAUGCAAGAACGUAUUAUGAAAGAAAAGCGAAUGGAAGCUCGGCAGCGAAGAAUAGAGCAAGAAGAAAAGGAGGAAGCUGCCAAACGUGAAAGGAUCCGGCAAAAGCUCGAAGCCCUUGGUCCACCUCCCGAAAAACCCAAGCCACAGCGCAAGGACACUUUGGAAGGUAGUAGGCCUGACACUAUUCCCUCACCCGGUGUUACUCACACGUCGUUGUCCCCUCCCAAACCCCCGUUAGUGGAGAGGGAAAGAGCUGCCGAAAAGUCCUCACCAACGGCCAAUGCUCGGCGCGCCCCUUCACCUCCCCGGGAAUCUAAACCUGAUACUACCGCGACGAAUGGACUCCAACAGCCUGGUGACCCUCAAACACAAGCGCCUGAAAAACUGUCAGAGAACAAGCUCGAUGAGCAAUCAGCCCAGUGGAGGGGUGGCCUCAAUGCCUCUAGUUCGUACCCACCAUGGACUCCCAAUGCCAAAUUAGUUGGGACCUCUCCUUCCAUGGCGAACCCUUGGAAACCUCUUAGCAGUGACAAAACUUUAGGUAAUGGCAUAUUUGAACAGAGUCUUCCAGGGUUUCCGCCAGGAAGAGAUGUUCCUCUGCGCAACCCUCUCGUUUUGGAUCAGCCGCCUGUCGCUCCAGGAUCACAGUCGUUCUCUACACCUUCGCGCUCGCCUCAAGAAAGUACUCCGAUAUCCCCCAUAGCGUCCCCUAAAGCUAGACAAGCCCCAUACGAGUCUUUAAACCCCAUCGCCCGCCCUGGUCCUAUCGGGCCUCCCAGUUCGCAACAUCAAUGGCAACAUGACAACCGUGUCGCUGGGACCGUUGCUUGGAACAAUUUCCAUACAGUUGCUGCCAAGCGUGAAGCAGAAGAAAAUGAUAAACUUCGCAAUGAGAUGAACGCCGCACGCGAGGGGCCAUCUUUACAAGUAACUUUCAACGAGACUUGGCGACAGGUACGGACUGGAGACCAAGCCGGGCAAAGACAGGUCGUUGGCAUAUCUAGAACAGCAGAUACUAACGCACCGAUUCCACCCAAUCCUCUCCCAGGGUUGGAUCAUCCUGUUGGUCCUCUUCCAUUUACAGAGCCCAAUUCACGCCCUCUCGGCAGCGUUCCAGCUCGAAGUUCACGAUUCUUCCCGCAGGCAUCCGAGCACUACAAGAAGCCACCUUGUGCGGAAGGCGAUUUUAUUCGCAGCCCCUCACCACCUCCACCAGAAGAAAUGUCAACCCAUCCGGUGUUCACAGGCAAUACCAGCAAACCUUUGGUACACCUGCCUGCACCAAGGCCCAUUGUCAAACUUCCCCCGAAAGUCAUCGCUCCUCCACAGCCUCCUCCCACCUUCGCAUCUAUGGCUGCUGCGCCGCCCCGCCCUCCUGUCUCUACUGCUACUUCAUGGCAGGAGAAGAUUAACACCCUAUUUGGCAAGAAGACAGUGCCUGAGAGGAAGACCGCCUUGGCCGUGACGUCUGCGUCCAAAGAACCCCUGGACGUAUUGCAUAUCGCCGCAGUUUCAGUCUCACUUCCCCAACAUGGUGAGCAAGCAAUUGGAGACGGCGAGAUAACUGCUAAGCAGGUUGAAGAAACUGAAGAAAUUUUUGAGGACCGUGAAGUAGGGUCUCUACCUGUUGUUCGAGUACCUACUAGGGCUCCCCCUGCAGCUUGGCAGGCGGCGCCGCCACCUUCGCAGUCGAGACUACGAGCUAAGCACCUGAAGCUAAUGCAGGUUCAUAGCGUUGAACCUUAUUCAUUUGGUUUCCAUGAUAAAGAUGGCUCGGGAAAUUUACGGGUUUCAAUCCGUUUCCCAGGUACAAUUAUUGCGAAAACGGUGGCCCUCCCGAGGAAGGCAGGAAGCCAGAACCCCCGGCCGCGUCCAACUUCGAGCUAUAAGCCUCGAAAGAGCACAAAGCCCCGCGAAGGAUCUGUGGCUUCGAAUUCCAAGAAAUCAUCUUCCCAACAAAGCAAUGAAACAAGCUCCCCGCGGCACCAGUCGCGCAAUGCUUCCUGGGGCCCACGUACAUAUAGCGGGUCUCGUUGA